UCGCACAAUUUUUGACCUUGAAAUUGUCAAUGUCGGCUCUCGUCUUUCUCUAUUCCUCGUCUCUUCUUCAAAGGGGAUCAUCAUGAAACGUGUAUUUCUUGGAGAAAAUUCAGCUUAUGCUCACAACUUUUCCAAUUUUCCGCAAACCCAGAAGAUAUUUUAUUGAAAAGUUGCCUACUUGCACUUUUUGUAUGUAUAUGUUGUGCACGUGGGUAGUUUUCUUUUUUGGCUUUCGGGGUAUCAAUUGAGGCAGAAAUGAAAUUGAAAAGUUGAUUUUGUAAAAGGGAUUAUUGUUGCAGGUUGUUGUAGUAUAGUGGAGGAGAGGAAUGGAAGAGCCGGGGCAACUUAAACGAGCAUUGAUUGAUGCCACGGCAGGGGCAUUAUCCGGCGCAAUCUCGAGAACUGUCACGUCACCUCUCGACGUAAUUAAGAUUAGAUUUCAGGUUCAACUGGAACCCACUACACAGUGGGCUUUACUUCGCAAAGAUGUGUAUGGCCCAUCAAAAUAUACUGGAAUGCUGCAAGCAACCAAGGAUAUCUUUAGAGAGGAAGGCUUACGGGGGUUUUGGCGGGGUAAUGUCCCAGCCUUACUCAUGGUUAUGCCAUAUACAUCAAUACAAUUUACGGUUUUGCACAAGUUGAAGACAUUGGCUUCUGGUUCUUCAAAGUCAGGAGAUCACAUCCAUUUAAGUCCGUACCUUUCUUAUGUCAGUGGGGCACUAGCAGGCUGUGCCGCUACUAUUGGAUCAUAUCCAUUUGAUCUUCUAAGAACCAUUUUAGCUUCACAAGGGGAGCCAAAGGUAUAUCCAAGCAUGAGAUCUGCAUUUGUUGAUAUAAUUGAAACCCGUGGCUUUCAAGGGCUGUAUGCUGGAUUAACACCUACUCUGGUUGAGAUAGUUCCUUACGCUGGAUUGCAGUUUGGAACCUAUGAUACAUUUAAGCGCUGGACAAUGGUAAACUUUUAAUUCUAUCUCCCUUUCUCUCACAGACGUGCAAACAGGAACAUCCAAUGGUGAUUUGUCUUUCUGCAUCUCUGUAUAUGCAAAAACUUUGACUAAGCAUACCUUAUCCAAUCUCUUGAUAUUCCUGUUCUGUUUAUAAUAUGAGGGAUGAGAAUCCUUUAAACCUCGCGUUAGAACUAGCACAUACGAAUUGUUAGUUUUGUUCUGUAGCUGAUGGUCCAUCAUUACCAUUUAUGGAGUUCUUUCCUGCUCUUUGUAGUUUCUUGCCAAUGAAGUUUAUUUUGUAUUUACAUUUUAUAAUGUUAAGAAAUAUGUGAACUAUGUUGCUUGUUUUAUAUUGAAAUUUGUAUGUAUUUAUGGAAGGGUUUUGGGGUUGAUAAUGAGGCUGAGUUGCAGUUAUCUUUCUGAGAGUAUAUGUCGUCUCUGAAAGCAAGAUUGGGAAUGGAAUAGAUAUAAAGAUUGGGUUUGUUGGAAUUUUAAAUUUUCCCUAGCGUACACCUGUCUGAAAUAGUGGAAUUACUAUCUUUUAUCUUUUCACCUCUAAAGUUACUGAGCUAAUAUCAAGACGAGGUUAUAGUUGAAAGUUUCCCUUAGAAAUUGCGGCAACACGUUCAUAGCGUUCAUAGCGUCAUUGUGUUGCCAUGAUCAUAUCUAAUGAAGUACAUGAUUUUACUCUUAGUUUCUGGACAAUUAUACUCUUCUAUCUAC